AAUCCCACUUAAGAGUGACUUAAGCAUGUGGAUUUUAUUUUCACAAUUUAAACAGGUGAGGAAGUAGCUGGACAGAACUGAUGUUUGCUGUUCUGUGAAGUCCUUUCCACUUCUGCCAUUGUCUUCCCUAGUGGUGACCCUGAUCUGCUGAAGUGACUGUCAGAGCUCUAGCCGUCACACCAUGUUUCAGGUAGCAGAAGAUACCCCAGAAAUUUCUCACAGCACUUUCACAUAUCUAGUAGAAUUUUGUCAUCUAAUCAUACCGAAGUAUAAUGGAGAUCAGGAUAUAUAGACUUUAUUCUGGGAAUCUAGAAUGCAGAACCAUCUACAAGACAGCCACCUGAUCUCUUCAGAGGUUACCAUUCUGGAUUGAUAGAAACUAAGAUGACGACGUAUGGAUGGGCCUUGACUGACUAUGGAAGAUAAUAUGGAGACAGUAGGAGAAAUCUGAAUGUGUACUCAGUUUUAGGUGAUGCUGUUGAGUCAUGGUUAAUUUUCUUGGAUGUGAUUAUGGGAAUGUAGUUACAUAGGAGCAUGCACUUCUUUUGCGAUAAUAUAGCUACGAAGUACCCAGCAACAUGUGUGUGUGUGUGUGUGUGUGUGUGUGUGUGUGAAAAGGAUAUAAAUAGGUGAAAGAGAUUGCUAGAAAAAACAAGGAAAAGAUAAUAAGCACUGAGUCUAUGUGGAAGGACUGUGGAUAUCAUAUUCUUUCACAUUUUCUAAAUGUCUGAGAUUUCUUACAAUGAAAAUCAGGAGAGGGUAACUCUCACAAGAGGCUGACUGCCGCCGCCUCAUGGAAAAGAAGCAUCAUGGUCCUGCAGGUGCACUGGAGCCAGCCCCUGCCAAGGCCCUGCAAGCCAUGGCUUGGAUCUACAAGGUCCUCGCCCAGGUGUGUCUCAGAGCCCGGAAGUAGAGAGAGAACACUGCAUCUCAGCCCUCAGCUCCUUGGAGAGGUGUCCUUCAUCUGCCAGGAGGCAGCCAACAACAAAGAUCCACAAAUCCCAUCAGCUGCUGGUGUUACGUCGCGGUGACAGAUAGUUAACACAAGCCACCUUACACAGCGGAGGCUAUGGAGAUGGGGACACAGCAGACAGAAUGGAACAGAUUCAAGCUUGAGUUGGGGAGAAUUUGUCCUCCCUCCCCAUUUCCGCCCAUGUCACCUCAGCGCAGGCAUUUGACCUCAUUAUGGAUGUCAUGCUUACUGCACAGAGGGUGGCUCUCAAGGCCAAGACCUAAAAGGCUGUGCAACUUCCACCUGGCUGCUUCUCAGGUCAGCGCUCUGGGAGAAGCCGGAUGCCCUGUGGUGCGGACAGUAAGCGGCUGUGGAGAGAGCGACCGCCCCUUCCGGCUGGCCAGCACUGCCCCAUCAGCCAGAUGCAAGUUCCUAACCACUGCCAGGUUGGGUAUCCAUCUAGAUGGGAAGCCAGACUCACAUCUGCCCACAAAACAACUUCAGGUGGCACAGCCUCAGCUUGUGUUUUACAAACUGGGGAUGCCACGUUAAACACACAACGUUCUGAAGCCAGCUGGCCCUCCUGGAUGCUGGGUCCUCUCUUCUGGGUGGAUCCACUGAGAGCAGAGCCCAGUGAACCCUCAGUGUCCUGCGCACCAGAGGCAGAGGCUGACGCCACGAUGUACCACCUGGGUAUCUGGGUUCCGCCCUCUGCCCCCACCAUGGAGGUGAUCAAAGCAGCGGUGCCAGUGUCUCGGUGUCCAGCUGUGCUGUGUUCUGCUUGUCCUCGAGUCCCCCAUUCUGGUGGCAGUUCUGAUGGUCUCCCUGGAUAACUGGACAAAUAGGAUCGGCUACAGAACCUGCCCCAGACACACCCUAAGAUCAGCAAGGAAGUGGACUUUUUUCAGAGCACUGAGUAUGUGUGACCUUAUGUGUCUGCCCCUUUGAAGGAAACUUCUGCUCGGAGGAAACUGGCCCUGUCUGUCCCAGAGCCCAGCCUGCUGUAGGCCCGACUGGUGGGGGAAGGCAGGCAGUGUCACUGAGAUGAGUGAGAAGGGGUGAACCCUGGGCAAAUGGUACCCUUUCUUACACACACACACACACACACACAAGCAAGCCGGAUGUGGUAAUCGCCCUGGCCGAAGCCCAAAUUCACUUGCUAAACCCUCAGUUCCUUUGCUGUUCUUCUCAGUGGGAGAGUCACAUGCGAGCUAUUCCCAGUGGGGAAGCGGAGGAGAAAGAAGAGCUUAUCACAGUCCAGUACUUGGAAGUUUCAGGGCCAAGCAGCAGAAGGAACAAAGCCGGAGGGACAAGACAGAAACUGGGACAGUGCUUGGUGAUGGCAGUCACUACCAAUGUAUUAGAUGCUCAUAGCCUUAACCUGAAUGACCCCACUUCCGGGACUCUACUGUGCAGAAACUAUAGGAAGAGCAAUGCAUACAACCCAGACAGCCACUGCAGCCUGUUGUGAUGAGGGAAACCAGAACAGCCCCCAUGUUUACACAUAAGCAAACACUGAGGUCCUCGCUCCUGUGGAAACCAAAGCGCUGCUAGAAAUAUGUGGCUGGACAUAGAGUAAGGACAGUGACAGACUCAUUCUACUGGCAUGGAAAAGAGUGAGCUGCAGAAUACAACUUAUUACCCACUUGUUUUUAACUACUGUGAAAUUGGCAAGCAGUGCACAUUCGGGGCUCCACCAAAAAAUGAGAGAGUGGAUGAUGUCGAGCACUGGGAAUUCUGUGCACCACUCCACUCGCUGCCCUAGGGCCCAAGGAGACCUAUAGGAUGCAAUGAGAAGAGCCUGGCCUUGCUCUGUGAGGGCUCUUCCCCAGGUGCAGUGCCAGAAUCCAGGCAGGAGAAAGCACCAACAAACCCAAACGAGGGGCUCUCUACACAGUAAUUGACUGCCAUCUUCAGAGGAGUCCAGAAAACAGUCAAGGACAGAGAGGAACUUUUCCAGACACAAUGAGACUAAAGAGACAGGACAACCAGCUGCACAUGAUUCUGAACUGGAUACCUUUACAACAAAGGACAUUACUGGAACAAUUGGCUAAACAAGAAACUGGCCUGAAUUCAAUUUCUUGGUGAUGGUAUGUGUGUUACACAAGAUUGAACUCAGGGCCUUCUCACUGAGCUCAUCCCCAGCUUUU